GCGGCGGGCUCGGCGCAAGACUCGGAAGGUCAGGUUGAGUUUCGACUCGGCGCACAGUCAGUCGAGCGACUACGUGAGUGGAAGCACGCCGGUCUCCCGCCCGGGCGGAUCAGAAGGUUGCGGUAGCGCCGUGGUUACUCCCGAACCGACACUCGACUGCGCACCGCCUCCACAGGACGAGACACCAUCGCGGGCAUUGAGACUUCCUAUCUGGGCACCGAUGGCUGGGUCGAAAUGCAGAAAGCUGGCCGGCGGCUUGGUGAAGGAGGUGCUGGACUCCGUAGACUGCGUCCUGUUCGACUGUGACGGGGUCAUCUGGCGAGGAGACCAGGCCAUCCCGGGGGCGCCCCAGGUCAUAAACCUGCUCAAGAAGAGCGGCAAGAAGGUGUUUUUCGUCACCAACAACAGCAGCAAAACCAGAAGGAUGUACGCGGAGAAGAUGGGCCGCCUGGGCUUUGAGGUGACGGAGCAGGAAGUGUUCGGGGCGGCGUACUGUGCAGCCAUGUACCUGAGGAACAUCUGCGGGCUGGACGGCAAGGUCUACCUGAUAGGGACCAACGCUCUGAAGCUGGAGCUGGAGGAGGUGGGGAUCCAGCAGACCGGUGUGGGACCAGACCACAUAUCAGGUGUCCAGCUGGACUGGGCCAGCGUGUCGCUGGAUCCCGAGGUGAAGGCUGUGGUCGUCGGGUUUGACGAACACUUCAGUUACAUGAAGCUGAAUCGGGCUCUGCAGUACCUGACCAACCCCGAAUGUCUGUUCGUGGGAACCAACACCGACACCAGACUGCCCCUGGAGGAGGGCAGGACCGUCCCAGGCACAGGCUGCCUGGUUAGAGCAGUGGAGACGGCCGCCCAGCGCCAAGCUCAGACGGUGGGCAAACCGAACCGCUUCAUGUUCGACUGCGUGGCCUCCCAGUUCGGGCUGGACGGCGCCCGCUGCCUGAUGGUGGGUGACCGUCUGGACACAGACAUCCUGCUGGGCUCCAACUGUGGCCUGCGGACGGUGCUCACCCUCACGGGGGUCAGCACCGUGGCGGACGCCGAGGCCCACUUAAAGAGCGGCUGUCCGGAGAAGCAGAGGAUGGUGCCGGAUUACUACGUGGAAAGCAUUGCAGAUCUCCUUCCUGCCCUGCAGGGUUAAAGCUACAACCCUGAAGCUGUACAUGCAAACAAAUGUCCUUUUUCACUAUUUUUUACUAUAUAUUUCAGACAACCGCUAAUCUAUGUCUAUCCUAAUCACGAAUGCUUUUGUACUCGCUCGUUUUAAUGGUUACCGCUGGUAAAAAUGCUCGGGUGCAUAGUGUUUCCAUCUCCAUAGCAGCCAGGUGAGGAAGGGGAAGGCAGGUAGUGUUGAGUUAGAAGACGUGAAGAUGUUGUGUCUAACCAGCAGAUAUGACACAGCAAGCUGGUGGUAGAAGACCUUUGCCAACAGCGUACAACAUCGACAAGUAAAACUCAGGUUCAGCCGGGUCUUACGAUGUGGUGGCAAAGGUGCCGACACGACAGCCUGCCGACCCUCCUCCAUUCUGAAUGGAGCUCAGGUCACACUCACCUUACCAACACCUACAUAGGACACGGGAAAUUAAACAAAAAUGAUUAUUGUCAAGUCAAGUCCCUUUUAUUUGUAUAGUCCGGAUUGUGAUUUUAAGUCUUAGAGUGGUUGUGGACUGGGGACUGGCUGUAAGGGUUUUGUGGCUUAGCUAGCCUACUGCAGGCUGGGGUCCCCAUCCUCCUCUGUUGUUCUCACACGGUGGUGAGUCACAUAGAGAGUACCAGUAAUGUCUUCUCUAUAUGGCGCUGGGUUUUAAUGGGCUGGUGUGAGCGACGCCGGGCCGUGUGAGUCAGAACUCAGACACGAGGAAGGUUCUGUCAUCCAUCAUCAUCCCCUGUAUUUACUUUGGUACAGUCAGUACCAAACUAAAACCUUCCAUUGUGUAGUCACUGUGUUUGCACUGGAUGACUGGCUUUCCUGUGUGUAACCGUAAUGUCCAGUACCGAGUAAAUGUAAUUUUUAGAAGUCUUUGUUAAUUUAAGGGCUGGAUCUAUGUCGCCGUUUCUGUCCUUGUGAAAGGAAGAACAUGUUGUUGGGUGGCUCGUAACCUGCAGGUGAAGCAAUCGUCCUUUCUCAACCAGCGGCCUGAAACACAGAGCCGCUGCAGCACGUAGACAAACACGCAGGGUUUCGUAACGGUUGUGUUCACUUUCACUGUUCUGUUGUGUACAUGUGCACGCCAACAUUGGGAUAAAAUUCACUGAGCUUACUUCAUCAGGAAAUAAAAGUACAUUUGAGUGCAGUUCUUAUACAGCGGCGUCCUCUGUAUGGAAGUGUCUUGACACGGUUUACGUUCAGCCUUCAGGGUAGUAUAACUCACGUUUUAAAUUGGGAAUUAAACGGUAGGUGCCGUGUUAUCCAGAUGUGUCGUGUACACUGUGUAACGUCUGUUACUGUUAUUUCACCGGUGACGAGCAAAGUGACAACCAUGUGUCUUCUUUUCAUCCGCUGGCCUUUGUUCUGUUACUCUGAGCUGUAAUCUGCACAUGUAUUCUGCCUGAACCCACAUGAUGACCACUGGUCAGAUAUACAAUAAAACAUGUACUUUUACUACACAAGUCUCUACUCAUUGCUA